CUACACUUCUGUUUAGCCCGGGAUCUACUACCGGAAGCUGUAGCCGGGGAGGAGACUGAAUGAGCUAGCACAGGUCCGCCUCCUCCGUGACAUCAUCAGCUGCUGCCCUAGCCCUGCUCUGUGCUGCUGGAGCUGCAGACAUGACCGGCUUUUGUUGGAGAAAAUCGGGACUGUUGGGCGAUAUGGAGGAAGACAGAGUGAGUCUUCGGGGAACAUGACAAGAGACUUGGUCGCUGCCGAAGUGUUAAGGAGUUUGAGAAAUUAAAUCGCAUUGGUGAAGGAACUUAUGGUAUAGUAUAUCGUGCCAGAGAUACGAAGAGCAAUGAAAUAGUUGCACUGAAGAAGGUGAGAAUGGACAAAGAGAAAGAUGGUAUCCCCAUAAGCAGCCUACGGGAGAUAACUCUCCUACUUAAAUUGCGACAUCCCAACAUUGUGGAGCUGAAGGAAGUAGUUGUUGGAAAUCACCUAGAAAGUAUCUUUCUGGUUAUGGGAUACUGUGAACAAGACCUGGCCAGUCUUCUGGAGAAUAUGCAAACCCCAUUCUCAGAAGCCCAGGUGAAAUGCAUCUGCUUCCAGCUCCUCACUGGGCUUCAGUAUCUCCAUGAGAGCUUUAUAGUGCAUAGAGAUCUGAAGGUAUCCAACCUGCUCAUGACUGAUAAAGGCUGUGUGAAGAUCGCUGACUUCGGCCUGGCUCGUGCUUUUAGCACCCCUGCAAAGCAGAUGACUCCUAAAGUGGUGACUCUAUGGUACCGGGCCCCUGAACUUCUCCUGGGAAGCACUACACAGACAACAGCUAUAGACAUGUGGGCUGUUGGUUGCAUACUGGCUGAGCUCCUGGCUCACAAGCCGCUUCUUCCAGGAAGUUCAGAAAUCCAGCAGAUUGAUUUGAUUAUACAGCUGCUUGGCACACCUAAUGAAAACAUUUGGCCAGGCUUCUCAAAGUUGCCUUUAGUUGGUCAAUACACCGUACGUAAGCAGCCUUACAACAAUUUAAAACACAAGUUUCCCUGGUUGUCUGAAGCUGGACUUCGCUUACUAAAUUUUCUUUUUAUGUAUGACCCCAAAAAGAGAGCAACAGCUGAGGACAGUCUUGCAAGUUCAUAUUUUAAGGAAAAGCCUUUGCCCUGUGAACCCCAGCUGAUGCCUACAUUCCCACAUCAUCGGAACAAGAGAGCAAGUGGCACAGGAGCAGAGAGCCAGUGCAAGCGCAGCAAACCAUAAUUACACUAUUCCAUCCACUUUCUGAAGCAAAUCACUCAAAGGAUUCCUUUGGGACUCUGAUGAAGGCAGAACUUGAAUCCAGGGCUCUAUCAAUUUUUUUUUAGAUUGUAUAUAGCCUUAUGCUGUAAGAUUGAAUAACUAAGAAGAUAGACCUGUACUCUACUGGUUUAUUUAACAUGAAUCUUCUGUCUUUGAGUUACCUGACUGGGAGUGUAAAAAGGCUCUGACCUAGACUUUAUGGUCGCUUUUGGAAAAGUGAGGAUAUCUAUGUGUCCUGCACUGAUAUUAUUGUGCUGAAUCAGCAUUAGGGUAGGAGAACUGGCUGUGCCCCUUGCUGUGCAGGUGGUGGGUUAUCUCUUCCACACCAGGCAGCCUUGAAAAAUUGUGCAGCAAUCAUAAAUGUUAUUUACUGAACUGAUGUUUUGUUAUAACCAAUGUUCGCUGUUACUAAAAAUAAAGUAUGUAAUAUGUA